UUGAACAGGCACACAUCGCUGGUCAUUUGCGGGCAAAACGGAGGCUCGACACAUCGGCAGCGCAUCCAUAGCUGGAGCGGUCUAUGUCAGCAUUUCAAUCCACAGUGCCCAAUUCAUGGACGCCGGGCCCUUCUGGAAACGUACGCUCGCGAGAAGUUUAUCGAGGCUAGCCAAGAACUGAAGCAGGCACUAGCAGAGGAAGAAAGACGAAAUGAGCAGAAACAAAAUACCUGUUUGCGAAGAUUCAUCCGGAAAACAUGCUUGUACAGAAAAGCUGAGUAUUCGCUUUUUUGUUUUGGCCCGAAAAAUCCGUUUCGGAUCAGAUGCCUGCAGCUGACCCAGAAGAAGUGGUUCGAUUACUCUAUUCUGGCAUUUAUCGGAAUUAACUGUAUAACACUUGCUAUGGAGCGGCCUUCGAUUCCUCCCCACAGUUUCGAACGAAAAUUUCUUACCAUUUCUGGAUAUGUGUUUACACUGAUAUUCACUAUUGAGAUGGCAAUGAAGGUUCGCGGUUUCAAAUACGAAUAG